GGAUAUGAUCGCCCAGAUGGAUGAUGAUGCCUCAACUAUGGCAUUUGUGGCGUUCGAAACAACACCGGAAAAUAUUGAUCAGUCAAAUAUGGGAACUGUUGAAGUUGCUACUAAUGCUUCCACACCUGAAUUGAAUAUCAUACGCCAAAUGGGUAGCCAUGCCUUUUCUAUGGCAUGUUUGGGAAUGAGGACCAUGGAAUCAUAUAUGGGAAUUGAAGUUGCUACUAAUGUUGCCUCAACUAAAGUGGAUACCAUCGUCCAAAUAGAUGGUAAUGCUCAAACUAUCGCGACUAUGGAGAUUGGGGAGACAUCGGGGCUAAAUGUUGCAUCAUCAUCUAACGGAACUUUUGAAGUUGCUACUAAUGUUGCCACAACUGAAGUGGAUACUGCCGCUGGAACAGAUGUUGAUGCAUCAACUAUGGCAAUUGUACCUUAUAUAGGAACCGGAGAAAUUUUUAAUGUUGCAACAACUUAAUUGGGGAUUACAAAUGGAGUGAAUGAUGUAAAUGAUAAUGUUGUGCAAAACCCUGCGAUGAAUAAUUGGGCUAUGAAUGUUUUUAACUUUGACCAAAGGAAAAGAAAACUUUCGAGGUUUUCACUAGAUGAACGCUUACAAGGCUGGACGAUAAAGAUCAAUCCUCGUCCAAAGGACACAACAAGGACUGAUAGAUUCUUUGUACAUUGUGGGUCUGGCAUACAGUUCAGAUCCAAGAACGAAGUCGAUGACUUCCUUCAUUUCGGCUAUCACCCAAAAAGACAAGUGAAUAACGUUAAUGGACCUGUUAAUGUUAGGCGCUCGACUAAACGGAACAUUAACUGGAGAUUGUACCAAAGAGGAGUUCUACCUGAUGGUACAACUCCUAUCUUUGAUAUCAAUUUUCUUGAACCUGGUGCUAAACAAAAGUCUAAUAACAUAAUCUUAAUUGAAGGAACGACUGAUCCUGAAAUUGAUAAGCCUUGUAAGAAAAGGAAGACGAUUAAGCUAAUCGAUGACAAGGAAAGGGCGAAAGCAUUUCUCUAUGAAAUGCAUCAACCUCUUCAGAUUAAAGAUAAGGGAGACAACGAUGAAGAACAGGAUAAGGACAAGGAUAAGGAUAAUUACAAGGACAUUGGCAAGGGCAAGGGCAAAAUGUAUGAAGAUUAAGGAUGACAAAGGUUCGCCUUAACCUUUUGAUAGUCUUCAACUUCUCUAAGUUCAUCUUCAAGUUUUGAGCUUCAAGCUCUUUGAAACUCUUUUUAAACCUCUAAUAAUUAGCAUUUGCAAACUUUAUUUUAAGAUCAAGGAGAGUAUCCUUGGUAUAAGAGUUAUGGUUUCGUUGAUGGUUAUUCUUGGUUUAUUCCUAAUUAAUUUGCUAGAUUUUAUAUCUUUGCUAUA